AUGUCUCCUCAAGCAAAUAAAUCAGAUCCAAUAAAUAUCAGUGGAAUAAGAGGUGAACCAACCGUUCUUGAAGGUGAAAAUUUGCAGUUAAUCUGUGAAGCAUCGAGUCAAGUAGGACCAAACAUCACCUGGACCAAAGAGAAGCCUGGGAACCAAGGAAAUACUCAUGUGGUGCAAGAAGGAAAGGUGCUGACUAUAACAAACAUCGACAGGAUUGAUGCAGGAAAUUAUACCUGUACAGCAUACAAUGGCUUUGGUAAACCAGAGAGCCGAACCAUAUAUGUAAAUGUUAUUUAUCCAGUCAAGAUUGUUAAAUUUCAAACUGAGUAUAUUGUUUAUGUACAACAAAGUUUAACUCUCAACUGUCAAGCAGAAGGAAACCCUCCACUUACUUACACUUGGAUUCCAUGUAAUGACCCAGAACAACUUUGUAACAACAAUAGUCUUGAUAUUUCACAAGUGCUUAACGAUGCCAGCUAUAUCUGCAGAGUGGCCAAUUUACAUGGACAUGAUACAAAAACUGCCAUUGUUUACAUUGCAGGAAAUGUGAUUAAUGUAACCAUUGCCAUCACAAGUGAAAACUGCACAGAUGAAAAAUACAACAAAUCAUCAUUACUGAGGAAAUUGGAAGAAGAG